CGGGCGGCGGGCGGCGGGGAUCCGGCCGGGGCGGGCCGGACCCGGGCGGGGCGGGGCCGGGGCGGAGCAGGGGCUGGGGCCGGCCCGGUGUCCGGGCUUAACGGGCCAGGUCGGGGCCGGGCACCUGCGCUCCCCUGCAGCAGCGGCGGCAGCAGCGUCCGGGCCAUGGCGACCGAGACGCGCGUGUCGCGCUGGUACUUCGGUGGGCUGGCGUCGUGCGGGGCCGCCUGCUGCACGCACCCGCUGGACCUGCUCAAGGUGCACCUGCAGACGCAGCAGGAGGUGAAGCUGCGCAUGACGGGCAUGGCGCUGCAGGUGGUGCGCUCCGACGGCGUCCUGGCGCUCUACAACGGGCUGAGCGCCUCCCUGUGUAGACAGAUGACCUACUCCCUGACACGGUUUGCCAUCUAUGAGACCGUGCGGGACCAGGUGACCAAGGGCAGCGAGGGCCCCCUGCCCUUCUAUAAGAAGGUGCUGCUGGGCUCCAUCAGCGGUUGCAUCGGUGGCUUCGUGGGGACCCCUGCGGACAUGGUCAACGUCAGGAUGCAGAAUGACAUGAAGCUGCCCCAGAAUCAGCGCCGAAACUACGCCCAUGCCCUGGACGGCCUGUACCGCGUGGCCCGAGAAGAGGGUCUGAAGAAGCUGUUCUCAGGCGCAACCAUGGCAUCCAGUCGAGGGAUGUUGGUCACUGUGGGCCAGCUGUCCUGCUAUGACCAAGCCAAGCAGCUCGUCCUCAGCACGGGGUACUUGUCUGACAGCAUCUUCACUCACUUUAUUGCUAGCUUCAUUGCGGGUGGAUGUGCCACGUUCCUGUGCCAGCCCCUGGACGUGCUGAAGACCCGGCUGAUGAACGCCAAGGGCGAGUAUCGGGGUGUUCUGCACUGCGCCAUGGAGACAGCGAAGCUUGGGCCACUGGCCUUUUAUAAGGGCCUCGUGCCUGCUGGCAUCCGCCUCAUGCCGCACACCGUGCUCACUUUUGUUUUUCUGGAGCAGCUUCGCAAACACUUUGGCAUCAAAGUGCCGUCCUGAUGUGGCCGUGUGGGAGCAGCUGGGUUACACCCAGCCGCCUGCACCCGUUUCUUCCAGUGUCCUGGGGGGGUUGGCCGUGAAGCGCUGCCCUGAGCCUAGCACCUGCCUGCCGUGCUCCGGCCCCCUCCUCCCU